AAGUAACAGCACUUGUUGCUGUGCCCACAGUGGUCCUGGGCCUGUCCUCUGCUGGAGGCCCUUGGAACAGGUGAGAGUGGAGGGAACAGGUCUGGCCGGUCCUGUGGAUGUUUGGGCGGUGUCACCCUGUUAACCUGUCUGGGAGGAGCUGCCAGCGUCAAACUCUGUCCCUGCGUUAAACCUUGUCCCACAGAGAGAGACUGGGACAGCACAGCCACCGGGACAACAGAACAACACAGGAGGACAAGAGAUUUGAGUGGGAUCUCUGUGGCACACUACAACCACCAGGAUGCUUAAGAAAGGCAAGGAAAGCACCCUCAAGAUGUCGGGGAAGAUCAGCAAGACCCAGGCCAAUGCCUUGGCCUUGUUGAUCGCCCAAAUGCAGAAGAAUGCUGACCAGGUAGAGAAGGACAUUCUCCGUGCUGAAGACCUGCUGGCACUGGAUGACAAAAAUGACAAGCAAGAGCUGCCCCUCCAACAUCAGAGUGAAAUCUCAGACAAGCUUGGAGACGCCGAGGGUCUACUCAAGGACCUUUUCCUGGAUGUGGACAAAGCCAAAAAGCUCCAACAUCCACAGGCCAAAGACAUAGAGAGCGAUGUCAUUCUUCUUCACGAGCGCUGGCUGAAGGACUGUGCCUUCUACAGAGACAUCUAUGAGCAGAUUGACGAUGUGUCUCUUAUGCCAAGGAUUGACUGGGGACCGGUUUUUGCUCAGAAGCAAAAACAGCUGGCAGAUGCAGAUCAGUACGGUCCCACGAUGGCUGACCUGGAGAGGCAGAUUGCAGCACACAACAUUUUACACAAAGAAGUGGAGGCCUACAGCCCUCAGCUCUGUGUCAGCUCCGCCGGCAGCAAGGAAUCAUAUACAGCCUACAAGAAACAAUACAACAAUAUACUGGACAACUCUAAGUGGCGCAGGCAUUACCUGACUAGCCUGUACGAGUACAUGCAGGGGUGCAGCAAGGAACUGACUUUUCUGCAAGAAGAGCAAGACAAGAUCAAGAAGCAAGACUGGAGUGACCGCAUGGUGGAUCCGUCUGACGUGCGACGGCAGUACGAGAACUUCAACAACAGUUUACUGUCACAUGAAGCUGAGGUGAACAAACUUCAAGAUGAAGGAGACAGACUUAUCGAGCUAAAGCAUCCUGCCAGUGCCACCAUCGCGGCACAGAGAGAUGCUGUACGGAACGAGUGGCAGCAAUUCCUCAACCUCUGUAUUUGCCAGGAAACACAUCUGGACAACGUCGAAGAAUACAAAAAGUACCAAAUGGACUGUGACCAGCUCUCAGAAACCCUAACCAGACUCAACAGCACCUUGGAUCCAAAAGCUAUCUCGAAAAAGAGCAACUAUGAGACUCUGAUGCAGCUUGAGGGGGAAGAGCUGGAUGUGCAGAACAGUGAGCAGCUGUUGGCUGAUCUGAGGAGACGCAGCACAAGCAUCGCUCCCCUGAAACAGCGCCGUACCACCUCCUCUCGGCCUGUCACCGUGGAAUCUCUGUGUGACUGGGACUCAGACAGAGGUUCCCUCAGCAGAGGUGAGAAGUUCACCCUGAAAUCCAUCACUGAUGAGAACUGGAAGAUUAUCUCGACUGGGGGAGCAACACACACAGUCCCUGGAGUGUGCUUCCAGAUCCCCCCUCCGGACCCAGAGGCCAUUGACAAAGUGGACCUACUGGGGGCUGAACUUGCAGACAUUAAGAAAAAAAGAGCUGCAGUGGAGGCCUCACUCAAGAACCACAAAAAUGAUGUUGACAGAGUUCAACAAUCAGCUCCUGUGUCGUCUUCCUCUGUUGACCCCAAAGCCCUUGCCUUGGCUAAUCAGCUGAAUAAACUGGACGGCGACUUGGCUAAAGCAGAAGAAGACUUGCUGAACCGCCUGCGAACUCCACUGAAUCGAUCUGACCCAACUGGGGAUCUGGCCAGAAAGCUGAGAGAUCAGGAGGAUGCAGCUAAAGCUUUGAAGGCACUAGAGCAGCAGAGACUGGCAGCUCAGGCCGAUCUGCAGCCGCUGCUCUCGAGUGGAGCGUCCUCCUCACUGCCUCAACAACUGUCCUCCUUUAACAAUAAACAAGACAACCUUGCAGCACUUUCUGACCUCUAUGCUAAAAAAGCAAAUGCAUCCCUAAACCUGGAGAGGCAGAUUAAGAAAGUGGACGGCAUUGUAUCAAACUUAGAAAAGAACUUAAGUGCAGAUGGUCCCAUUAGUAAUGAUCUAAAUGCAAUCCAAAGGCAUGCUGAUGACGUUCAGAGUCAGAAAAGGGCUGUGGCUGCAGCUGAAGGUGACAUGAAGAAGCUGAGCCAGGACCUGGAGCUCACAGAGCAGCUUUGCAGCUCUCUGCAGCAAAGCUACCAAGAGUACUGCCCGGACAUCCCACGCCAACGCACUGACGUCAAAAAACUGCAGACCCGCUACACAAAUGUGGGCAACCAGCUCAAUGAGAGGCAAAAGAUUUUGCAAGAUGUUGGCACCAAGAAUCAAGAAUUCCAAAGCACCUGCAAAUCACUCAACUCUUUCCUUGAUAACCUGCCAACCAAUCAGAUAAGCCCCUAUGAUGAUCUGUCCCAAAUCAGCGCAAAACAGAACUCUCAAGAGAGAGUUAUGGAUGACCUGAAGAGAAAAGCAGAUGAUCUUGACAGAGUGUCUGAUCUGUCAAUGGACUUGCAGAAUCUGCUCAAUGAAUAUGAGACUAAUGUUAAUAAAUACAAUGGGACUCUGGAGGACACUGGCACCUCAGUUGCAAAGAAAGCAUAUGUGCCAACUCUUGCUAGUGAUAUUCAAAAAGAGGAAAAGAAUCUGCUGAAUCGUUAUUCUGAAGCCACUGCUGAGAACAUGCAGCGGCAAAAACAGAUGGAUCUUGCCAGGAAUCUGGUUUUACAAAAUGAAGAAAAAGUUCAAAUGGUCGCCCAACAACAAGUCCAGUUAGAAAAUCAGCAAAAAAGUGCCUUUGAAUUGAGCAGUCUGAUGAAAGAGCUAGAUGAUGAGAAGGAGAGAGCCAAUUAUGCUGAGAACAACUUAAGAACCUUCAAAGAGAGAAUGUUGUCCCUACAAAGCCGCAGAGGUGUAGAGCGCGUUGAGGAAAAAGAAGUGCUGCAGUAUUACCGUGAUCCAAAACUGGAAAGUGAUCUAAUAGAUCUCCAAAAAAUCCUACAUGAAGAGACCUUGAAACGCACUACAACCCAGAGUGAUAUUGAGCUAACUAACAGUAGGAUUACUAUAGUGGAGGACAACAUCAAGAACGCCCCACGCAAACUGGUGACGAAAGAGGUGACAGAAUUUGAAAGAGAUCCCCAGCUUGACAUAGAGGCUGCCAAAAUGAGGAAUGAGAUUUCAAAGAUGAGAGAUGAAAUUCGGGUGAGAGAUGGAGAACAUGUUCAAGCGAGAACUGAGAUAACAAUUUUACAGACAAAGAGGCCCCCCAUUAAAGAAAGAGUGGUCAAGAAGGAAGUGGUGAAAGUGGAGCAGGAUCCAGAGAUGAUUAAGUCUGUGAGGAACUUUCAAACCGAGAUCUCUGAUGAAAGCAACAGGAUUACAAUGCUCAAUGAUGAGAUCUUUCAAACAAGGAGCAUGAUCAACUCCCUUGAGAGGCUUAUCCCCAACAUCCAGCCCAAGGUCAUCAAAAAGGAAGUCAAGCAGGUUGAACAGGACCCAGAACUUAUAACUGAAUCCAAAAACAUCCAGCUGAACCUGGAAAAUGAGAGAAGUGAAAAUAGCACUUUGGCCAGAGAGGUAAUGGAGCUGCAGAGUCGCUACAGAGAAGUUCAAGACUUUAAACCCAGAAUUGAGGUGAAGGAGAUAGUGAAUGAGAUCUACCGCAUUGAUCCAAGCACUGAGAGAGAGAUAACACGUCUCAGGAAGGACAUACAGGAAUCGUCCAGACAGCGCAGCGACCUGGAUAGGGAACUCACCCAAAUCACUUCGGAGAUUGAUUAUCUCCGCUCCCAGAAGCCCAAAAUAGAGCACAAGGAAGUUCUCCAAGAAGUGAUUAAGGAGGAGCGCAGUCCUGAGAAUGAGAGAGAAAUACAGAGGCUAAACAGUCAAGUUAACAGCUUAUAUAACACAUACAGUUCCCUCCAAGACCAGGUGCUGCUGCUCAGGAAAGAAAGGGAUGAAUUGAAGAUUGAAAAGUCUAAGAUUGAAACUCAGCUGGUGACAAGAGAUGUUGUUAAAUAUGAGAAUGACCCGUUGUUGGAAAAAGAAGCUGAUCGUUUGAGAAAGAAUUUGCGAGAGGAGCAACAGAUGAGGCGCAACAUUGAAGAGAUGGUGUAUGACUUGAAAAACAAAUAUAUACUGCUUGAGCGUCAGAAACCAGAAGAAAAAAUAGUAGUGCAAGAAGUUGUGCGUUUACAGAAAGACCCACGUCAGGUUCAUGAGCAUGACCGCCUCAGUAGGAGUCUGGAUGAGGAAAUCCAGGCACGUCGUCAGAUAGAUCUGGAAUUUCAGCAGCUGAGAACGAGGCUGGCAGAUAAAGAGAGUAUGCUCAGAAGUAGUGACGAACGCCAAAAGAGGAUUCAAGCUGAGGCUGAGUUGCGAGAUAUCAGGCUGCGCAUUACACAGCUGGAAAAUGCCCCUCCUCCUGUUCAAGAAAGCAUAGUGGUGGAGGAAGUGCUGAAAGUAGAGAGGGACCCCAAACUGGAGAGGAUGACAAAUAGUUUACGAGCUGACAUGGACAAGGAAUCCAGUGAUGUCUUACGUCUCCAAAGAGAGAUCCGUAGCCUUACAGUGAAACUGGAAAUUUUACAGAAGGAGAAAUCAGGUGAGAAGACAGUGUAUAAAGAGGUGGUACGUGUUGAAAAGGACCAGGCAGUUGAAGCAGAGCGAGAGCGUCUCCGAGAACAAGUGACACAGCAAAGAUUUGCCAGAGAGGAUCUGGAAGAUGAAUUGAGACGACUGAAAGACAAGAUCAACAUGCUGAUGAGUAGCAAGACCAGCACCUCUCGAGAGGAGACAACACUGAUUAUGAACAAAGAGGCUCUGCAGAGAGAGAGGGAUGACCUCAUCCGUGAGCUGCGGACCCUGGAAACCAAGAGCCAUGAUGUCAGUCUGUCCUUCCAACAGCAAAGCAAACUCAUGAGUGAGAUUACACAGAUGUCAAGGCAAAAGAGUGUCAAGAUGGAAUCUGACGUCCAGCGAUUGGAGAAAGACAUCCUCAAUGAGAAAGACAAAAUUCAUUCAAAGGACAGUAUCAUCCGAGAGCUUACACUCAGCAUGCAAAAGGAGGAACACUCAGAAACACGAACCAAAGAGACAAAUGUUUCCACAAAGAUCACCAUUUUGGACCCAGAAACAGGCCGGGACAUGUCUCCUUAUGAUGCAUACUUGCAGGGACUCAUUGAUCGUCAACAGUAUAGUCAUUUGCAGCAGCUGGAGUGUGACUGGGAAGAGGUCACUUCAAUGGGGCCUGAUGGUGAGACAACAAUGCUGCAAGACCGAAAAAGUGGUAAGCAGUACUCCAUAAAAGAUGCCCUGAAAGCAGGCCGGUUGACAGAAUAUGACCUACAACAGUACAAACAAGGGAAGCUGCCAAUCUCAGAAUUUGCCUUGCUUGUUGCAGGUGACAGUAAACAACCACAAUUUAACUCUGUAGUCACUCAAAAGACAUCUUCAACACUUAACUCAGCUGCUCCUUCACUUAAAGGAUUAUCACCAAUUGCUGGAGUAAUGGAUACAAAAACUGACACCUGCUACACAAUACGUAGUGCUGCCAUGAAUAAAAUGAUUGACCUCAUAACAGCUCAGAGGCUAUUGGAGGCUCAGGCAGCCACAGGGGGCAUAAUAGAUAUCACCAGUCAAGAAAGAUGCACAGUUCACAAGGCAUUGUCCAGGGGCCUCAUUGAUGAAAGUCAAACACAGAGGCUGCUCAAUGCACAAAAGGCCUUUUCAGGAGUGGAAGAUCCUUUGACCAAAGAGGUUUUGUCCAUUGGAGUAGCUAUCCAAAAAGGUUGGAUGCCAAAGGAUACAGCCAUGCGUUACAUGGAGAUACAGCACCUGACAGGAGGGCUGGUUGAUCCAAGAAAUAGCAGCAGAGUGAGCAUAAUGGAUGCCAUUGGUGUCAAAAUGAUUGACAGCACUCUUUUAAGAGAACUGCAGUCAGAAUCUUCUUACUCUAAAGAUAUUACUGACCCACUCACGAAGGAGAUUAACUACAAGCAAGCUCUUGAACGCUGCAAGAAGGAUCCACAGUCAGGCUUACCCAUGUUGCCUGCAUCAUCCAAAGAACAGACCUCCUCUUCAAUGUACACAUCUAAAUAUGCACGGUUCUAGACAUGUUUACAAAACAAAUGCUUGUGAUUAAUUGCUUCUACUAAUUUUGUGAUGUAACAUAAGGUUAAUUGAAUCAUACAUUAUAACUCAGGAAACUCCUGCUGGGCCCUUUUGUUUACUGAAAAUGUUGAGCAGUUUGUUUUAAUUGUAAAACUGAAACAAAAUUCAUGUUAAAUUUUGUAUUAUUUUUCUUGAAGGGAUCCUGGGACAUGGUGCAAUUGUAUUUACAAAAAAUGAUUUUUAUUUGUAUUAUUUGUGGGUUAUAUCUCUGACAUUUUAAUUGAUACCGUAUGAAGGAAUGAAUUACAAUAAAUCUAAAUUAUACUGACAA